AUGUAAUAACCUAUUUUUAAAGGCAUCAUUCUUUUCAUUAUUAUACAUGUUUAUUCAAACACGAAAGUGUACCACCAUCGCACAUUUAAACUAUUGAAAAUGACGUUCAAAGCUGAAUUAGCUAAAUUUGCAUAAAUUAUUAGGAUGACUUUCUUUUGCAUAUUACCGCAGAGUAGAUGCUGGUUUACCAGGACCAACAGGGGCGGAUCUAGGGUUUUGUAAAUGGCCAGGGGUCACAACAUUGUAAAACGAGGACGUUUGAGUUUGCCGAAGGGGAAUGAUUCGAGCUACUCCAAAAAGAACUGGAGAUUGAAAUGGAUUGCAACAGGAACAUCUGCUCGAGAGACAGGACUAUACGACUGCAAUAAUGUGUCCAACUACAAAGUGAAUAAUUACAGCAUCCCUAGCCUGAGUUACAUCUAAUGGAAGUAUACAUAUCGUGGAAGUGUAGGCCUUUUUGCCUAAAGACGUGACAUCGACUGGGUAAUUAUUUAAACAGUGACUUGCUAUGUCCACUGUGUUGCCAUCAGACGUUACCUGACCUUCAUCACAUAACGGUGAACGUGAAUUCCUGUAAAUACAUACUAGUAUACCGAUGUAUCUGUUGUCCACCAUGAAGAAACAGUCCUAUGGAAUCUUUGUUUAUUUCUUUAUAUGUGUAGCCCUUCUGGCUUUACUUGUGUUUCAAGUUUACUUCUGCCGUUAUAAGUACCAACUGAGAAACCCAUACCUCCUUGAAUCGAUGUCCAAACAGUCUUCAAUGCUGUAUGGGAGUCUGGCCAAGAAUGUUCUCAAGUCGAGUCUUGUAGCGGACAAACCUGUUGUUGUGGUUCAUUACCUGUGGUGUCGCAAAGGACAUUUCGAGUUCAAGCAUUUUAUAAGUAUCUUAAGCAUCUUCAAAACGAUCCGUCCAGACAAGAUCGUCUUCCACUACUCAGAGCUACCAGUUAAGGACGACCAAGGCUUCGUGACUUGGUUUGCCGAUAUUCAGCGAGAUAUCCCCUCUCUUGUCCUUAAAUACGUCGCUAACAAACGCUUUUGUGGUCAUAGAUAUUUUGAGUCGUCACAUUUUGAUCUCGGUGACUAUCACAACCCCACUGGAAUAUUCAUAUCUGACGAUAUUGCAGUGAGUGGGUUUACGAGAGAAUCGUAUUACGGGUAUCAGAAUCGUGAUAAAUGUUUUGGCAAUUCUUCAAGCCACGAAGGAUAUACGUGUUAUCCAAAUGAUUUGAAAAUGGUGUUUCUUUUUCCAGCAUCCGAACCAGCUGUAGUGUCAGAAUCGAGCAGAACUCUUGUUAUAAACUGUCCGACUAUUCGUGACUACAACAUCCAGUCUGGCAGUCAGAGUCUCGAGUGUGUUCAGGUUACAGAUCGGAUAUUUCCGCGAGACAUAUGGCGGCCAAAUGAUCGGUUCUCUUCCUUUGCUAGAUUGCUGGUGUAUGGCUCCGAGGAGCCAGUUGUUCCCAAACCAAGCGACACUAACCGCAUUCCGCUGCAUGCACAUAUUCUUCACUUUGAGAAAGGUGGCACGAUUGGAUACACGGCCUACGCCAGUAUUCUGAGUUCUAUCCACGUGGCAGGGAUGAAACACGUCUUUCUGCACGCAGACGAGGAGCCCACAGGAUCCACAUGGGAGGACCUGCAGCGAUACAACGUCACGUUCGUCCCCGUCCGCUUCCUGGACGAGUGGCACUCUGAGCACGCGGACCUCAUGUACGGGCUGUAUAUCCUGAUGCACUACGGAGGCGUUCUCUUCAGGUCCAAUACCGUGUGGAGAAAACCCAUACCUCCACUACUGCUAUCAUUCAGCACCUUGACUACUCUCAGAAGGUCCGUCUAUCGCAUCAUCAACCCGUCCACGGAUCUCAAUUUAUUAAUGUCACGGAAACAUGCUCCCUACAUCCAGACACUGCUGGCGGAGUUGCGGCAAACCCCUGCGAAACACAGACGAUACAAAAUAGAGGACAUAGCAUAUCGCAUGUAUCAGACUGUCCCAGCAUCUGUUGACGUGGAACCAAAUCUAAUCCAGCACGCCAAGUGCAAGGAACUAGCGUGCCAGGCUACAGCCGAAGACGCCGGAGCCUCCGGGUCUUACGCUGUGCUCAUGGACUGGGGCAAGGAUGAUGAAUUGGUAACCAGAGACCAGGUAGAUCAUUCCAGAGGACCUGGAACAGACGUUGUGAAAAACAUGCUUAAUUUGAAUAACCGUUCAUAAUAUUUAAAUGUCAGUAAUAUUAUAGGCAGAGUUCCGCGAUAGGUGACAUACUUAAGUAAUGCCUCAGCCAGACUACAGCGUAGCGCGGCGUGGCGUAGAGAAAGAAGGAAAGGACAGUAAUUAUGGUUAUAUGGCGUCAGACACAAGAAAAGGACCUCACGUAAUGAGAGCGGAAAUUCAACUGCAGCCACGCAAUGAGCUACUCUUUCUCAUUAGUAACAAGGGAUCUUCAUGGGCAGGAUCCCACAGACUAUAAUAGUACAUACUACAAAUAGCCCUACGGGUAGCGUAAAUACGCGGUACAUUUUAAUCAUGUUUAGAUUCAAGUUCUAGUAUGUUGACUGCAGAUCAUGCUCAUAAAACGUUGACGUCCUAACUGAAGACAUUAAGACAUCAAUAAAGUGUACAUUAGCUGUCAAAUUGCGUGCUGCUGGCUUACACUAUGCUGCGCCACGCCUACGCUAUAGUCUGCAUCCGGCAUAAGACUUACACGGAUUACGUGACUUGAGUUACUCACUGACUGAACUGUGUACGUUCCACUGAAGCUAACAUACACAGGCCUCUAAGGACUGAAAAGUUGUAUAACCGAUUUAAGCCAAUUUUAAGGGUUGCGACAAAUAAAUUCAUUUGACACAAUUUUUUUUUUUGCUUAACCCAUUAUAUCUAAUUAAACAAUAUUCUAAAUUUAAAGUGCGAACGAAAAAUAAUAUAACGGGAAAUAUAUAGCAAUUUUCAGAUGCUACAUUUUAUACAACAAGCAGUAGCUAAAAUGACUGAAGUCCUCCCCCCCCCCCCCCCCCCCCAUCCCACCCAGACUUUCGUGCGACUCCGCCUUGGUGUAGCGUUGAUAAAUCUGCUGAACUAUAGGUAGAUGUCUUAAGUAGUAAAGAUGCUAGAUUCAGGUUGUAAGUAAACAUGUACAUAUGUGUAUGCUUAUCAUAAAGUUCUCUCUCUCUCUCUCUCUCUCUCUCUCUCUCUCUCUCUCUCUCUCUCUCUCUCUCUCUCUCUCUCUCUCUCUCUCUCUCUCUACGUACGUGCGUCUGCCUGUCUGUCUUUCAUAUCACAUCUUGCCUUUUUCUUUGAUAACAAUUUGAUGUAUGCUAUAAGCAUAACGUUUUAUUACAUAUCAAUUGUUUUUAAA